CUGCCCGGGGCCCUCGGCAGUGCCAGGUGCAGAUCCAUGGGGUAGCACCCCCCCCCCACCCCGCACCUGCCCGCCCACCGCGGCCAGCUCGCGGGCCACCAGAUGCAGCCCAGUCUCGGCCCCCGGGACCGGUGAAGGAGCCCUGGCCGGAAUCCAAGGAUGUGGGGCCUGGCGCGGCUCCUGCUGGCUUGGCUGGGCGGCUGGGGCUGCGUGGGGCCCCUGGCAGCCCCGGUCCACGCCCGGGCGGGGCCCCGCGGCCCCACGCUGCUGCGCGCCCGGAGGAGCUGGGUCUGGAACCAGUUCUUUGUCAUCGAGGAGUACGCCGGCCCCGAGCCCGUGCUCAUCGGCAAGCUGCACUCCGACGUGGACCGGGGCGAGGGCCGCACCAAGUACCUGCUGACCGGGGAGGGGGCAGGCACCGUGUUUGUGAUCGACGAGGCCACGGGCAACAUCCACGUCACCAAGAGCCUGGACCGGGAGGAGAAGGCGCAGUACGUGCUCCUGGCGCAGGCUGUGGACCGGGCUUCCAACCGGCCCCUGGAGCCCCCGUCCGAGUUCAUCAUCAAGGUGCAAGACAUCAAUGACAACCCGCCCGUGUUCCCGCUGGGGCCCUACCACGCCACGGUGCCCGAGAUGUCCAACGUCGGGACGUCCGUCAUCCAGGUGACCGCCCAGGACGCCGAUGACCCCAGCUACGGGAACAGCGCGAAGCUGGUGUACACUGUGCUGGAUGGGCUGCCUUUCUUCUCCGUGGACCCCCAGACUGGAGUGGUGCGCACAGCCAUCCCCAACAUGGACCGCGAGACCCAGGAGGAGUUCCUGGUGGUGAUUCAGGCCAAGGACAUGGGCGGCCACACGGGGGGGCUGUCGGGCAGCACGACGGUGACCGUCACCCUCAGCGACGUCAACGACAACCCCCCGAAGUUCCCCCAGAGCUUGUACCAGUUCUCGGUGGUGGAGACGGCGGGGCCCGGCACCCUGGUGGGCCGGCUCCAGGCCCAGGACCCAGACCUGGGGGACAACGCCCUCAUGGCGUACAGCAUCCUGGACGGGGAGGGGGCAGAGGCCUUCAGCAUCAGCGCCGACUCCCAGGGGCAAGACGGCCUCCUCACUGUCCGCAAGCCCCUAGACUUCGAGACCCGCCGCUCCUACUCCUUCCGCGUGGAAGCCACCAACACGCUCAUCGACCCGGCCUACCUCCGGCGAGGCCCCUUCAAGGAUGUGGCCUCGGUGCGCGUGACCGUCCAGGACGCCCCCGAGCCGCCCGCCUUCACGCAGGCUGCCUACCACCUGGUGGUGCCCGAGAACAAGGCUCCCGGGACCCUGGUGGGCCGCAUCUCGGCGGUGGACCUGGACUCCCCGGCCAGCCCGAUCCGGUACUCCAUCCUCCCGCACUCGGACCCCGAGCACUGCUUCUCCAUCAAGCCCGAGGACGGCACCCUCCGCACCGCCGUGUCCCUGGACCGCGAGGCCCGCGUCUGGCACAACCUCACCGUGCUGGCCACAGAGCUCGACAGCUCGGCGCAGGCCUCCCGCGUGCCAGUGGCCGUCCGGACCCUGGAUGAGAACGACAACGCGCCGCAGCUCGCCGAGCCCUACGACACCUUCGUGUGCGACUCGGCCGCUCCGGGGCAGCUCAUCCAGCUCAUCCGCACCCUGGACAGAGACGAAGACGGCAACAGCAGCCGCGUCUCCCUCCAAGGCCCUGCGGGGCCCGACGCCAACUUCACGGUCCAGGACAAUGGAGACGGCUCCGCCAGCCUGCGGCUGCCCCCGCGCCCCGCGCCGCCCCGCCAGGCGCCCUACCUGGUGCCCAUCGAGCUGUGGGACUGGGGGCAGCCUGCGCUCCGCAGCACCGCCACGGUGACGGUCAGCGUGUGCCACUGCCGGCCCGACGGCUCCGUGGCCUUCUGCCGGCCCGGCGCCCAGCUCGCCCCCGCGGGGCUCAGCACCGGGGCCCUGCUCGCCAUUGUCACCUGCGUGGGCACCCUGCUUGCCCUGGCGGUGCUGUUCGCGGCCCUGCGGCGGCAGAAGCAGGAGGCGCUGAUGGUGCUGGAGGAGGAGGACGUGCGCGAGAACAUCAUCACCUACGACGACGAGGGCGGCGGCGAGGAGGACACCGAGGCCUUCGACAUCGCCGCCCUGCAGAACCCCGACGGCGCCGCCCCGCCGCCGCCGCCGCCCGGCGCCCCGGCCCGCCGCGACGUGCUGCCCCGGGCCCGCGCCCCGCGCGCGCCGCGGCCCCCGGGCCCCGCGGACGUGGCCCAGCUGCUGGCGCUGCGGCUGCGCGAGGCGGACGAGGACCCCGGCGUGCCGCCCUACGACUCGGUGCAGGUGUACGGCUACGAGGGCCGCGGCUCCUCCUGCGGCUCGCUCAGCUCGCUGGGCUCCGAGGCGGGCGGCGCGCCGGGCCCCGCGGAGCCGCCCGACGACUGGGGCCCGCUCUUCCGCACCCUGGCCGAGCUGUACGGGGCCAAGGAGCCCGCGGCGCCCUGA